AUGGCCCACAUACCACGAACAAGUGCCCUCACGCGCUCUCUGACACGUUCACUUGCAUCUCUGAACCAUGCUCCUCCGGCAGGAAAGAGUCCUACAGCAAUCGUCAUGCUGAACAUGGGCGGCCCGUCUACGGUCCCAGAGACAUAUGAUUUCCUCCGCAACCUCUUUUCUGAUGGCGACCUCAUCCCGCUGCCUUUUCAAUCCGUCCUUGCGCCGUUAAUUGCCCGCCGGCGCACUCCCCAAAUCGAACAGCAGUACACCGACAUUGGUGGAGGAUCCCCUAUCCUCCGCUACACCAACAUCCAGGGCGAGCGCAUGGCGGCGCUUCUCGACGAGCUGAGCCCUGAGACCGCGCCGCACAAACACUACGUCGCGUUCCGAUAUGCGCGUCCACUGACGGAUGAGACGGCGCGACAGAUGAAGGAGGACGGGGUGAAGCGUGCAGUCGCGUUCACGCAGUAUCCCCAGUACAGCUGCAGCACGACAGGGAGUAGCCUGAACGAGCUGUACAGGAGAGGUAAGGCUGGCGAAGUCGGUGACGUAGAAUGGAGCGUAAUUGACCGGUGGGGAACACAUUCCGGCUUCGUCGAGGCUGUCGCGCAAAACAUUGAGCGCGCACUUGCAAAGUUCCCCGAGUCGACGCGCUCGGAUGUGGUGCUGCUCUUUUCUGCUCACUCGCUCCCCAUGUCUGUCGUGAACCGCGGCGACCCGUACGUUCUCGAGGUAUCAGCGUCUGUGUCGGCGGUGAUGGACCGGCUUGGACAUUCGAAUCCUUACCGCCUGGUGUGGCAGUCGCAGGUGGGGCCGUCGGCGUGGAUGGGUAUGCAGACAGGCGAGGCGUUGAAGGGGCUCGCGCGUCUGGGGCGCAAGCAGGUGGUCCUGGUGCCGAUUGCGUUCACGAGCGAUCACAUCGAGACGUUGUACGAGCUGGACCUGGAGUACGCGAAGGAGGCAAAAGAGCACGGUGUGGACGUGCACCGAGCGGAGUCGCUCAACGACUCGCCUGUGUUCAUCCGCGCGCUGGCCGACCUCGCCGCGGCACAUCUGAAGGAGGUUUCGUUGGGCCGGGCGGGAUACGCAAGCACGCAGAUGGGGUUGCGUUGUCCGGGCUGCACGAACGCGACGUGCGGGCAGCAGAAAGCUUGGUUCGCGCGUGGGGGGCGGUAG